CUCCGCUCUGCCGCGACCGACUUCCGGUUCGGGGUCGCCGCCGCACGGUGUCCGUCGCGGCAAUGGCGAACCACGUCCGCUUCGUGGCCCGCACCGUCAUGGUCCAGAACGGCAACGUGGAAGCGGCGUACGGCGCGCUGAACCGGAUCCUGUCCCAGGACGGGCUGCUGGAGGUGGUGCGGCGCGGCCGCUACUACGAGAAGCCGUGUCGGCGGCGGCAGCGCUUGGCCUACGAGGCCUGUCGCAGGGUCUACAACGCCGAGAUGAGCCGGAAAAUCUCCUUCCUGGGGCGGAUCGUGCGGGCGGACCCGUGGCAGGGCUGUUAGCGCAGCCCCUCCGCUGCCGGCACCAAUAAACGCGGCUGCUCCCGG